AGGCUGGAAGAUCAGUCAGAGGGCAAACAGACAGCAGUGUGUGUGAUAAUUCCGCUGUUUGCCGAUAAUAUAUAGAUAUAUAGGUAACAUAUUUAGUCAAUAAGCAACUUGGGAUUAAUUGUUGGCUUGUCUGUGUGGUGGAAACUGUAUUAACGGAUGGCUACCAAGUAUUUCUUGCAUGUUGUUGCUGCAUAGGAAUGAUUAAUGACUGAGACGGAGAUGGACUAAACCGGCACAGUUUUUUGAAGAGCCUGGAACCAUCUCUGGCACUGUUUCUGUAGGAACAGAAAUACCCUUUACCUUCAGGAACACUUGUACCUGAGACGGACGAAGCCAGAGAUACGUACUUCGACCUUAGCUGCAUUUAUUAACCGUUUGUUUGCACGUACACCAUAGUUUAUUUGGUGUUGUACCCACACACACACACACAGACAGACUGGAAUUUCGGUGUUGCAUUCAACCCAUACAAGUAGAGAGUUUUUAAAAAUUAGAAACAAUGUUGUCAAAGAAGUUGCUGAAGUUCAACAACACGUCGUGUGAGAACUUUGACAAGUUCACGGAUGGCGAGAAGAUGAAGAACCUGAAUGAGCAGGCCGGGGAGGACGCGUACCGGGCGCGGGCGGGCAGGAAGCGACACAGCGUCCAGCUCGACAAGCGAAUUACGCAGCAGGUCCUACAGUCGCAGGAGGCUCGCCGUGCUAGCACAGCCAGUACAGAGUCGUUCUCAUCAUACACUGGCAGCUCCUCAGAUGAAGAUGAUGUGAACCCCAGGGAGAAGGUCCAGAAAAAUACUAAGGGAUUCAGUGAUUUCUGUGUAAAGAAUGUCGAACACCAUGCAUUUGGAAGAAGAGAGAUUGAGAUUGCAGAACAAGAAAUGCCUGGACUCAUGGCUCUGCGAAGACGUGCUGAAGCUGACAAGCCAUUGGUUGGAGCGAAGAUCAUGGGCUGUACACACAUCACCGCACAGACUGCUGUUCUCAUAGAGACGCUGUCAUGUCUUGGUGCAUCUGUGCGAUGGGCGGCUUGCAACAUCUACUCCACGCAGAAUGAAGUAUCAGCCGCACUGGCCGAGGCGGGCUUUGCUAUUUUUGCCUGGAAGGGAGAAACGGAAGAAGAUUUCUGGUGGUGCAUUGACCGCUGCAUUAAUGCUGAACAGUGGCAACCAAACACGAUUCUGGAUGAUGGCGGCGACGCGACUCACCUGAUGUUGAAGAAGUACCCGGCUAUGUUCAACAUGGUGAAGGGGAUUGUGGAGGAGAGCGUCACCGGCGUACACAGACUCUACCAGCUGUCCAAGUCCGGCAAGCUGUCCGUUCCAGCCAUGAAUGUGAACGAUUCAGUCACCAAGACCAAGUUUGACAAUCUAUACAGCUGUAGGGAGUCCAUUUUGGAUGCGUUAAAGCGAACGACAGACGUAAUGUUUGGAGGGAAGCAGGUUUUGAUAUGUGGGUAUGGGGAGGUGGGCAAAGGAUGCACCUCUGCUCUGAAGGGUCUGGGCGCCACCGUCAUGGUUACAGAGAUUGAUCCCAUCUGUGCACUGCAGGCAUGUAUGGAUGGUUUCCGCGUCAUGAAGCUGGAGGAAGUGGUUCGACAGAUCGACAUCAUCAUCACGUGUACAGGAAACAAGAAUGUUGUGAUGCGCCAGCACCUGGACCGACUGAAGAACGGCUGUAUCGUGUGUAACAUGGGUCACUCCAACACCGAGAUCGACGUGGCCAGUUUGCGUACCCCUGAGUUGACGUGGGAGAAGGUUCGCUCGCAGGUUGAUCACAUCAUCUGGCCGGACGGAAAACGAAUCAUACUCCUCGCAGAGGGUCGCCUGGUUAACCUGAGUUGUUCGUCUGUUCCAUCCUUUGUGGUGUCCAUCACUGCUACCACUCAGGCUCUCGCCUUGAUAGAGCUCUUCAACGCCCCUCCAGGCCGAUACAAGCAGGAUGUGUACUUGUUGCCAAAGAAAAUGGAUGAAUACGUUGCAAGUCUUCAUCUGUCAACAUUUGAUGCACAUCUCACGGAACUGUCGGAUGACCAGGCGAAGUACCUGGGUCUCAACAAGGCCGGACCGUUCAAGCCAAAUAUAUACAGAUAUUGAUGGCUUGAAUGUGUUUCCGUGACGAUGCCAGUGAUGUCAGAAUAUCUCAUCAUUCCAAGUUACAGACUGUUAUGCGUUUUCUCCGGGAUUGAUAGCGUCACUGACCCAUUCACAUGUUACUAGGGAUGUGUCUUUCUUCCCAAACUACUGUCUAUACCGCAUAUUUGGUUUAUUGGGUGUGGGGGACUGUAUCUUCUUUUACCUUUAAUAUGAAAUAUUGAACCCAUCAACAAAAAUGCAUUUUGUCUAUUAUUUUGUUAUGGCGUCGUUAUAGAAUUGAAAUGAAAUAAAAAAUAAUGAACUGUUGUAACAGGUUAUUUGUAUAUUUAAAUAAUGAGUAAAUAUCUACUUACUUCACUUGAGCAUUAGAGAUGAAAAAUCAUGUUUCAUAAGGCGAAGUAUAACUAUUAUGAAAAUAUGAUUACUUAACAGAAAAAUAACAACCUUUAUCUUUGUGAUUUGUAUAUUUUCUGAUAUUUGAUUACUGCUUGUAUAUUAGUAAUGUGGAGGUUUUUUUAAAAUAUCAGUUGUGAUUUUUUUCAUUCAUGCAUUUAAUCGCUGUAAUAUUAGUAAUAUUACUACUAAAAUGUUUGUUUUUUUAGUACAUAUUUCUGUUUCGUUUUUCUUAAUGUUAAUACUUUCUUCCAGUAUAUUGCUGACAUUUUGUCAUUUCUUGCAUAUUUGUACGGUAGUUUAACUUUGGAAUGGUGUCAGAGGUAGAAUUAUUCGGAGCUAUUACUGUUUAUCUAUUUCAUACUUUUGUAUAUAUAAAUCUGAUGGAUUGAUUUUUUUUAUUAUCAAAUUUUUAUGUCACUGAACAUCAUCAGCCAGUCCUUCACAUUUGGAAAUGUCAGGCAACCGAUAAAUUACACACUUCAUAAGCUCCAGGCGAGUGAUGAGCAUUUUAUAGAAAAAAAUGUUAAGUUAUGAAUAUCACAUAUUGAACAAACACUGAAUCAGUAUAAUGAUAUUCAAACACUGGAGUGAACUGGUAUAAAGCAACUUCUGUUGAAACAUCCAUCGGGAGGUGCUCUAUUCACAUAUUUCACAUCUAAAAGAUGGUUGAAAUUAAGGUGCACUUGGGUGCACAAACACAAUCGCACACCUCAGAUGUGAAGGAAGGAAACGUUUUAUUUAACGAUGCACUCAAAACAUUUUAUUUACGGUUAUAUGGCGUCAGACAUAUGGUUACCUCAGAAGUGAAGGACUGAUAAUAAUAUAAUAUCAGUUUGUCAACUAUUUUUAAUUGAAAACACAUUGUACAUAUAUGGAAAUGAUCAUCUUUAAAAAAAAUUACAAUGUUUUUGUCAAAUGGUUCAUUUUUUAUUGAUGUCUAAGAGGGCUGUUUUAUCUGACAGUACAUAAUUUGUAAACAGGAAUGAGGCUUUUUAACAUUCUGACAUCAAAUUGUGUACCCAAGGGCAGAAUGGCCCCCUCUACAUUCGUAUCGGUAUAUAAUAAAAUACUUUUUCUUUUUUUUUUCUCAUGAAAAUCGAAACUUUAAUACAAAGAUAAAAAAAGGUAAACUUUUUCAUUUGUUCAAAAGUACCAUAUAAACUUCUGUUUGAAGCAUUAUUAAACAGUAAUUUUGUUUCAGGUCAUUAAUUUAUAUUUGUCUGAUCAAUUUACGUCAUGUUGUGUUGAAUUUUGCAGUGAAGAUUUUGACAUAACGACACAUUGUACAAAUUGUAAUCAUGCAAGUUUGGCUUGUAGGUCACAUGAUUUUUCAGAAUAAAUUUAUUUUUUAUGUGUUCUAUACAUGGAAUAUAAUAGUCUUACAUAUCUAGAGUUGGGAGAAAAUGAAAAUAAGUGUAUAAAAGCAGACAAUAGUUAUUGCUGCAAGAUACGUUAUACUGUAACAGACGCACAGUUUUCUUCACUUGGUUGUCUUCACUCAUUUGUCAAAAAACAGUUCCUCAGACAUCACUUCGUUUGUUCCUUUAUUAUUCUGGUUCUUUCUUUCUUUUUAAAUAUAUGAAUAUUGUAUUAUUGCUUACUCAUCGUAUUUGGUUAACAUAUCUUGGUUUGGGGUUUUAUAAAUAUUUGUGAUAGGUUCAUUGUGCUGCUGUUGUUUGUUUGGGAUUUUUAAUUUUUUGCUGUUUUGUGGUGCUUUCAGUGAAUGUGCUUUCAGUGAAUGAUACAAGCCAACUGUUCAUUUUGUAAUACUUGUAUAUACACUUAUGUUAGUCUUGCCGCUUUUCAAGUUUUAUAGAUGCUCUUAAUAUUUGUCAUGUUUUGUCUCAUCACAUCAGUUGAUUUGUCUGUCUGCUUGUAUCCUGACAGCCAAUGUUUAAAACAUUAUGGAUAACUCUUCACAUAUACAGCUAAAAAAUUGAUUAAAAGAUGAAUGGUUUCAGGUGCAAGUUCUUUUAAAGAUGAGUUUUAAUAAAAAUGGUUCUUAAACCUAAUCCCAGGAAUGGAUUUUGGUGUAAUUGUUAGCCUUUGGCUUUAACUUGUUUAAUGCAGUAUAUGGCAGUAUUUUGUGAUGUAGAGAACAGCAGUGAUGCUGUUGCCCAAUGAAAUGAUAACUUGUACUAAAGUAGUCAGCAAUUUCUUUGUGUUGCUAGAGUGUAGAUACCUUUGGUUACGGGUAGAUCUUUUCACAGACUGUUCUGUUGUCCUAUAGCCUUGAUUGUCACCUAGAAUAUAUCAAGGGCAGGCAGAUGGCCAGAACUUGCUGUCAGAAGUCAUGAUUUUAAAAACUUUUAUCAUUUAAACAUUUCAGAAAAAAUCCAUGAUAUAGCUUUGCAUCAAUUUAUUACAUGUCUGUCCCUCAUAAAAAAACACAAAAAACACACAAUUGAAAUAGUUUCAUACUCGCAAUUCUUUUGUUCUUUUGUACAAUAAAAUAUGUUUGCAAUCAAUCAAUGUUCAGAUCACUAUAAUAUUCAGAUGUAUUAUUAAGUGUAUAUCCCAGCCAGUGUGUCGUUUUAUCAACAUAUGCACAGUUUCUUUUUCUCCUUUUUAUUCAGUUGUCUGUUUCACUGAAGCCUGCUGCAGACCUUUGUGACAAUGUGCAAUUUUAGCUGCAAAAUUUGUGUGUGCACCACCUUGCAAUGAAAUUUUUUAUUGCUUGUAACCGAAAUUGCUCCAGUCAAACAUGUUUAAUAUUUUUGUUGCAUGAGACUAAAAUUGCACAUUGUUGCAAAGGUCUGCACUGGGCUUAAAGUUGAAUUCUGUGCUCUUUUUGUUAGCAAACCUGACUAGCAGUUGUUAGGUAUAGACAUCAGGGUCUUUUUAACUUUUAGCAGCAGUUCAUAUUUGAUGUGAUAUACUUUCUUUAAGUUAAACUAGUCUCGUAUUUAUUGAUAUAUUGCAUAUCUUGCUCAAUACCUUGUAGAUCAUAUACUAUAGAACAGAUGAAUUUAAUCAGAAAUUAUAUCAUUUGUAUUACUGAUAAAACUAUUAUAUUUUAACUAACAUCAUCUUAAUUCUUAUAAAAACAUACACAAAAGAUGCUUUGUUAUAUAUUGCCUAAACCGAAAGUUGUUGGCAAGUUUUAUCCCAGUAACCAACUGUUGUGGUUGAUGAUAGCUUUAUCGUCAAUAUCUUUAUCACAUUACCAGACAUGAUACCGUUUUUGUCUCCCUCAGUUACAAAAGCAAAAGAUAUAUGUAGGUGUAAUGGCAACAUAGUUUUUGUCAUUAUAUGUUUUAUAAGAAUCUAUCAGGGUUGAUCAAACUUCAUACACAUGGUUACUUCUAUCAGAGGUGAAGGUCGUGUGACAGUCGAGACAUAUUUCAUUUUGCUGCACUUGUUCUCAUAUGACACUUACAGCAUUGUGUAACUAUUUCUAAUUUAAAAGUAAACUUAACCUUUAUUCAUUUCAUUGGUGUUAGUCUUUCAGAUAAGUUAUUGGUGUAAGUCUUUCAGAUAUUUUAGCAGUACAUUUGCCAUUGCCUUGGAUCCUGUGAUCUUUAAGCUCUCAUUUACGAUAUUAUUAGUGAUAUUUCACACACAGACUUCGACAUAAGAGUGCCAAGCUGUCAUUUUCAACGAUGAGUUUGUAAGCAUUUGAUGUAAGUGAUUGAGCUCUUAAAUAAAAUGAUAACACUAUUGUAUAUAUAUUUUACAUAUUUAAACUAUUUUUAUAACACCUUCUGGUCACUUGAAACCUAACACAUGUGAUAUAACUGCAAGCUCAUAAAAUUAAAUCUGGACCAACUCACUGUACAGAGGUUGGGUAUGGUUAUCAAUAUUUUAUUAGCUUCAACCUGGAAGUCUAGCCACUCUGCAAACAUGAAAACAGUGCUAUUGGAUGCGGGUCUCCAAGGUGUUGCUUGUAUGGGUAGAAUACCACAAUUACAUUAUAUUUCCAUUAAGAGGUUAUGUGAAAAGUAUUAAGCAAAGAAAAACAUUUAAAAAGAUAAAAUAAAGAAAUCCUUAAUUAAGAGAACCUGUCGGAUAACUGUAUCUUUAUUUGUACUCUCACAUCCACUUCUCGUUUGCUGCAUCGAUUCACCUGUGAUUUGGUCUCAUGAAAUAACUUUGUUUUGUAGAUUUGAUUUGUCAACUUGACAUUGAUCUCUCAUUCACUUAUUUGAAGUUUAACAACAUUGUGAAAUGUCAUCAUUUAGAAUGUUUUUACUACAUUGACCUUUUUAACGCGAGUUGUUGCUUUCUAAGUCAUCAGAGGUGCAAGUCACAAUUUAAGUUGAAAUGGUUGACCAUUGAUUGUAUGAUUACAGAACAAACACCAGUCUUGUAAUCCUCUUACCCUUGAAAGUUUCUUUGUGUUCAGUAAGUUUUGUUUUCUUAGCACCUAUAAAUGUAGCCCAUCUCUCGGAGUACAUAUUCCUCCCGAUUUCAAAUUCAUUCUAAAAUCUCUGUACAGUGCAGUGGAAAAUCUCUGUUUCUACAGGACAGUGUUAUACAGGGGUGUUUCUAGGGUGGAUCAUCCACAGUACAAACAUACAAAAUUUAAAAAAAAGGAAAGAAGCUACUCAUGUUUUAGGAUAAGAUGUUUGGCUUUUCUGAAAAAUACAUAGAUUAAAUGUUCCACAAUUCCAUAUUUUAGCACUGCCCCAAUUGUUUGCUAGGUGCACUUCACACUCAAGCCACUUGAUGAAUUUAUUUUGGAAGGGGCGUUCUUACAUGUAUCUAUGAAAAUUGCUUAUCAUUUUUUUUAUUUGGUUAAUUUACCAAUGUUCUCACGAAACAUACAUUCAACUGAGCUACACCAUUUCCAUCCCAUUUCUAUUAUUGCUAGAUUAGAAAUGUACUUAUAGUAAUAACAUGUGAUUCUCUGGUUUCAAAUUAAAAUUCACAUUGGUAACUUAGCGUACUGGUAGUUUGCAGUUUUCACGUGAAGAGAUACCACGAUUGCUCUAUGUUGUUAAUCAUGACCAUGUAAAAGUUUGUAAAAAGAAAUCUAAAUUGUGGUUCAAAGUUUUAAAUUUUUUAUCAUUUUAUAACAUGUUAAUUCUAAAGCAUGUGCUUACAGAAUUAUAUGGACAUGACAAUGUACUAUAAAACAGGCCUGUAUACUGGACUAUUUAAAACGAGGUGGGUUGAAGGGAUAGGCCUGCAUGUCUCGGAAAAUAUACCUACAUAAAGAUAUGCAUGGCUUUUGACAUUUUCAUGUACAAUAUAUUUCUGGUCUAUAACAUAUAGGACUUUAUUAUAAGGAUGAAAUCUUGACAAAAGUUGGUUGCACACACAUCCAUUCCCUGCCCUCACUUUCAGUGUACAGACCUGGAAUAUCAGUUCAGAUUCACGUAGAUAAAUAUUUUGUUGUUCUACUUUAGUAUUGAAGAUAGCACAGAAAUCUUUCCCUUGUACAUGUAUAAACAUUUGAGAUUUGUGUACAACAUAGUAUUGCUAUAAAAGAGUAUUUGAUUACAUGUCAGUCACUUUGAUGUAUGGUGCACUUGUACCAUUACUUGAUCAACAAACACCUUUGCUAUGCAUGAUCAAGACUCUUAUAAGGUAAUGUGACAGAUGUAAAAACAAUUUACUCAUUGAUGAUUUUCAGGAAUAAUUGCAAGUCUCAUAAAAUUUAUUUUUGUGUGAUUGAAUAUAACUGAUCAGUAUGGAGAAAUGGAUUGUACAUCAGGUUAUAACUUGAACUACCAGGUUUAAACCAUGUAUCAUCAGGUGACGACUUGGACCAUCAGGUUAGUUGAAAUAUCAGGUUAUUAAUUGAAUAAUCAGGUCAUAGCUUGAACCACCGGGUUAAAACGUGCAUCGUCAGGUCAUAAAUUGAACCACCAGGUCAAUUGAAAAAUCAGGUUAUUAAUUCAAUAAUCAGGUCAUAACUUAACCACCAGGUUAAAACAUGAAUUAUCAGGUUAUAACUUGGACCAUCAGGUUAAUUGAAAAAUCAGGUUAUUAAUUUAAUAAUCAGGUCAUAACUUAACCACCAGGUUAAAAUGUGCAUCAUCAGGUUAUUAAUUGAAUCAUCAGGUAAUAACUUCAUCAGGUUACAACUUGAAUCAGGUUAUGACUUAAAUACUUGUAAUCAGUCUCCAACUCAAACCAUCCAGUUACUACUUGAAUUAUCAGGUUACGACUAAAUCGCCAGUUUGUAAUUUUAAUCAUCAGCUAAUCACUGUUAUUAUCCAGUCAUACUUAACCAUUUGUGACCGUAACCAUUUACAUUGCUGAAACUUCUCUAAAUAAAUCACCCUUGGACAGGCGCCUGUAAAGUACAUAUGUUAACACAUUCUGGAAUCCAACAUCAAACAUUUGGCCCCCAAGUGCUUUUAGAUGGUAGCAUCUACAAGAAGCUUCAAAGCUAAACAGAACUCUAUGGAAUUAUCAUAUCCAUUACCUACUUCUCUCUCCUACAUGGGUAUUAGAAUGGGAUGAAGAUCCAAUGUCAACUUGAAUAUUUGUCAGAUUAUCAACCAAUAUGAGUACCCUAGUCUUUAACAUCCAUGUAUUAUUUCUUGUACUGUCCGAAGGAAUCGAUUCGUAAAUCUGUUCCUUGUGAUGGUUUUCACUUUCAUUCUGAAGACUGAAAGACUUAGUUUAUUCAGAAUUAUUAUAGACAAUAUAAUUAUUCAGAAUUAACAUAGACAAUAUAAUAAUAAUAAUACAUUGUAUUUAGGAACAAAUGUUAGACUAUCCUCAGUUGGUAGCCAUUGUAAUUACCGGUAUUUAGAAUACAUCUAUAAUAAUUAUAUUCAAUGCAUUCUGGUCAUCAUAUUUGCAUUAGCAGAGUAUUCAUGUUUACAUACAUGUAAUUUCUUCCAAGAGCCAAACAAAAUUUGAAUUAACUGGGUUAACAGAAUCCUAAAGUAUUCAUUGAUACAAUGCUUUGUAUUUCAAAUUUCCAAUAGGUUUUAUUAGCCAAAUGUGUUGCCAUACAUGCGAGUAGAUUAAUCCCGUCUUUUCUAAUGGAUAUAAACUCAAAAUAAUCCCUUUUAAAAAAAAAAAAAAAAAUCCUGGGUGUUUUUGCCAGAAAAUAUUAGCUUUAUUGUUGGUCAUGUAAUGUUGAUCUUCAAAACUACAAUCAGAACUGAAAAGCUCAAACACGUUUACUGUACUCUUUAGUGCAUGGCCCGUGUUACAGAUUUCAGUUUUUGUAUUUUUGUAACAUCCAACUAUUGUGAAACCUUUACAUAUCCAUUCCUCCAUUACAGAUCAUUGCAUUGUUUGUGCUAGUCGGUUGUAAAAACAUUUAAAAGUAUUUACUAAAUAAAAAUAUUAUUAUGAUAUUAAAUGGAAAUGCUAAGACUUGUAUAAAGUAGUACAAGAAUAAAAUUCACAUCAAAUAAA